AUGCAUCAUCCAACGAGGCGCCGAGGACCUCGGAGCAACAACCACUUUAUCAAACCAGAUCCCGAUUCUUCUGCCAAUACCUCUUACCCAGAAUCAGUAGCUUCCAACUUUGGCGCGCCUCCUGCUCCUUCAGCUGCGUCCAGCUAUGGUGGUAGUACCACCCACAUUCCUCCUGACCAGGCCUUUUACAGGCAUGGUAGAUCGGAUGCCCCGACUCCAAGUGAACGCACCACUGAGCCAGAGCCUCUCUUGAGAGAACUGAGGAUGCGACCUAACGCUGCGGCUGAGAGCCCAACCAGCAUUCCGGCAGAUGGAAGCUUCUUUCAAACUUCUUUCCAGGAUAUUGGGAAGAAAUUAAAGGCAUGCAAUGAUACUUUGGGCGAACUCCAACAGCUGGGGGUAUCUCACGAUGUUCCACUCCCUGAACUCGUGCUCGUUGGCGACCAGUCUGCUGGCAAAUCCAGUCUCAUGUCAGGUCUUGCCAACCUAGAACUUCCACGAAGCGAGGGUACCUGCACACGCUGCCCCCUUCACAUUCGAGUCUCACGAAGUCAUGAUCCAUCUUGUCGGGUGACUACCAUCCAUGAGUUCAAGACCAUGGUCGAUCAUGGCGAGAUCGAGGAUGUUCUUCGUUGGGCUCAGAUUGCCAUCCUGAAUGACGACAAGAGUCCUGAGCUAUUCGUUCCAGGUUCUGGCUCUAUCGCUGUCAACACUCCCAUCGAAACGGCUUCUGAAACUGUUGCGGCCAAGUUCUCGCCCAAUAUUGUUGCUCUUGAGAUCAAGGGACCUGAACUCCCGGACCUGUCCUUCUACGACAUGCCAGGAAUUUUCCAGAACCCUGCCGACGCGAGUGACGACUAUUUGGUCAGUGUUGUGAGGAACCUGUCCAAGGAAUACAUCCUGCACCCAUCUGCCAUCAUCAUGUGUUCUAUGCCUAUGAAUAGCGACGCCGAAAACUCGUCGACCUUUGGUUUAGUUCGCAGACUGGGCGCCCUCAACCGGACAAUUGGUGUUUUAACAAAGGCCGACCUAAUUCCAGAGGGUGGCAACCAUGAACAGUGGCUUGCCAUCAUGAGAGGGCAGGCUCAUAUAACUGGCUUAGGCUACUUCAUAACUUCCCGACCUCAAGGGAAAGACCUAGACGAACUCAAACAGUGGGAGGAGCUUGUUUUUGUCGAACAUUCCAUGGAGCGAUGGCCUGCCACUUUCCACGACUUCUCUGAUCGCUGUGGAGUUGAGAAGUUAAAAGUAUUCUUGUCCGAAAAGCUCGGUCAAGAAUUUGCAAAGAGGCUGCCAGAGUUGCCUUCCAAUGUCGAGUUGGAAGUCCAGACCAGCGUGAUGGAGUUUGGCGAAUUAGCCCGAUCGCAGUUGAAGCCUUCCGAAUUCUCGAAGCACUUCGUGCCGCUGCCUGAAAAUUUUCGCGACUGUCUUCUGGAAAUGAAACCAAAGUUUACACUCAAAGAUAACAGUGACGUCCCGGUCGUCGAUAUUUCUGACGACGAGUCAGAUACAGGAUCGGUGGUCACAGUUACAAAUCCAAAUACGCCUAGCAAACGACGCGCGAUGGCCCCUCCGAUCACGCCUUCAAAACGUAUGCGUAUGGACCAAAUUCCCGCGGGCACCCCAUCUCGUCCGUCACUGAAGCCCGAGGAUAGCAGAGCCAGUGUGAGCUCUGCCUCCCCGGCCCCACGCCGGCAAGGGUUCCCACACCCGUUUACACCUUUCAGUAACGUUGGGAGAGGGUUCAGAACACUUCGCCAAGUGCGAGAUGAGAUCAAGGCCAAGACUAGAGCUGGUGUUCCAGAUAUUAUCACAGAGGAGGUGUACAACGACAUGUGUCGUGAAGCAAUCGAGCCUUGGUCAGGGCCAAUGAAAGCGUUUCUCGAGCACGUUAUGAGCCUGCUGUACGAUAUGCUUGAGAAAGCCCUGGCGGCUUCUUUCGCUCGACUAAACAAACGACUGAUUUAUCAGGAGUGCCAAAAGAUCUUGGCAGACUAUCUCGAAGAACGCCGCCGCGAGACUAUUGGGGCGCUCGACGUUGUGUACCGCCUUGAAACAUAUGGCUUGUUCACUGUCAACCAGGAAGCUUUCCGCAGAUACCAGAAGGAUGAGCAAAUCUUGCUGACGAGAUAUCGCCACCAGAUGCGCAUGCAGGCCGCGGGAUAUGGAGAUGGCCGCCCACCUGUCCCCUGGGAUAGCCUAACAGAGGAGAAGCGGGUGCUCGAUGAAAAGCGACGUGAAAACGAGAUGACCAAGCUUGGGCCGGAUUCAUUCGAGCGGGAGCUGGAGGUUGUUGCUUACGUUAGAGGGUACUACCGGCUUGCAGCGUUGAGGUUCGCGGAUGCGAUAGCGUUACAUGUCACGAAUGGCAUGAUACCGCACAUACAACGACAACUCCCCUACCAUCUCGACCGAAAACUAGGUCUUUGUGGGGCUGACUCCCAAAGUAUCUACGAGAGGCUUAUGGAGGAGGACCCAAACACGGCGGCCAAACGAGGGGCGCUCAGGGGAGAACGUGAGAAGUUCGUCAGGGCCCUGGACAGUAUUGAGGAGUUGGAACGCGGAGCUGGAAGCAGCACAAUGUCGGAAGAGGAUCUUGACGACCACAUGGUUGAUGUCCCCCUUAUGAGCGGUGCUCUUCCAGUCGAGGAAGUUUGA